AUGACAUCUCACUUUCAUAGAGAUGAUACAUCCUCCCAAACACCUACCACGCCCACUCAAAAGCAAACACGGGAGGCUCGAAUGAUACUCAAGGGUCACGAAGACUGGGUGAGAGGCGUAGCUGUCAUACCUGGCGCCCGUCUCCUUGUCACUUGCUCGGACGACAAAAGCCUUCGCAUGUGGGAUCUAGACAAGGCGCAUCAAGUAAUGGAGCCCUUGUGGGGUCAUGAUGACUAUGUCUUGACAGUCGCAGCGUCUCAUGAUGGGCGUUGGAUUGCGAGCGGAGGGUGGGGCGGAAACAUCCUGGUCUGGAAAGUGAGCACAAAAAAUGAGUCUAUCUCGUUCAAGGGACACAAGAGUGCCAUCGGAAGCAUCGUAUUUGCAUCGAACAGCGGCAGAUUUGCAAGUGCGUCGGCGGACAAAACGGUAUGCGUGUGGCGGAGAGAUACGGGCAAAAUCGUGCUAGGACCACUCUAUGUGGGCAGCGCCGCAUUGUCGGUGUCAUACUCCCCUGAUGGGAGGAGGCUAGCAGCAGGUACCGAUGAACAUAUCAUCGUUUGGAAUGCAGCAAGCGGAAAAGAAUUGCUAAAGAUAGAGCAGCGGGCAUUGGAAGUCGCAUUCACUCCAGAUGGCCUCCAUCUAGUCAGCGGAAAUCAGAAGGACAUCCGAAUCUCAGAUGCUGCUACUGGAGACAUCAUCAAACAGUUUGACGCACAUGCCGAACCCUUCCAAUCAUUAGCCAUUGCUCCCGAUGGCAGCAAAUUCGCUACUACGUCGAGCGACAAAACGACCCGCUUCUUUGACCUGACCACUUUCGAACUCAUCGACGAGUCACUCGAGCACCCUGAUAUUGUCUGGUGUGUGGCUUUUUCGGAGGAUAGCCAGCUUAUCGUGACUGGCUGUGAAGACCGACUUGCUCGUAUAUGGAGUGUUCCUCAGAGCAAGUCAGAGAAAGAGGGGCGCGAAAGGCUCCCGCGGCCAAAUCGCGCAGGAUUGCCGCAUAGGUUCUUUGAUGACGUCCGAGUCGAAACAACUUAUCCGCCGUGUCGCCCCAACCGGUCCGCACAUGGAAGCUUGCAACACCCCACAGGGCACUCCCGCAUCAAGGACCUCAUUCACCGUCUCCCAUUUCGCAGGCUGUCGCCACAAGCACAGCCUGAGGUGGAACACUCAUGGCACUUGAGGGUCACGCAGUUGCCGCAGCAACUCCUACCCACUCGUAGGUCGAGAUCUGGCCAAGAGCCACCAAUCGUCGACGUUGCAGUCGGGCGCAAGUUCACUCGUCUUGCUAUUGCCCAUCCGCCAGAAUACAGGAAAGUCGACGAUACCCGACGUCCACCUAGAGAGCAGCCUGUUGUGUCACAGGACAUGGCGGAAAAUGACCCGUCGUCCGAGUCGGCUGAGACUGAUUCGCUCCCAGACAUACAUUGGUUCAAGGCGUUCAUCUGCUUUUAUUCGUGCUGGUCUCAUGGCAGACUGAGAAUGCCUCCACGAUGGCGCUUGGAGCUGGUUGACCAACCUCACUAG